AUAUUCCUGAACAUGGUGCUAGUUCAUAUAGGACCAACUACAUUUUGAAGUCCAUGGCUGAAGCACUGGAGAAAAAUAAAAAGCCAUUGGAGAAAUCUGACAUUAACUGUGAUAUAUGUGAACUGGGUGAACAGUAUUCAUGUGCUGUAGCCAAAUGUAUAGAAUGUGAUCAAUAUUUGUGUAAAGUCUGUGAGAAGUGUCACAGCAGAAUGAAAGAUACAAAAUCCCAUCAGUGUAUUCAACUGACUGGUGGUGCUGAGGAAGAUCCCGAUAUUGUUGAAGAGAGCUUGAUUCAAAAGAAAAAUGUCUGCUCUAAGCACUUCUCCCAGCCACGAAAGUUCUACUGUAAGACACAUAAGAUACCUUUAUGUAAAGACUGUCUAAGCGAACAUCUUCAGUGUCCAUGCAUUAUGAUUAAAGAUGUGGCACAGGCAGAAAUGAAAAAUGUGUUUAAGUUGAAGGGUUUAAUCAACCAGAGGAAAGACUUAAUUGACAAGCACCUGAAAACCUCAAAUAAUCUGAUAAAAACUCAACAACAGAAACUCAGUGAACUUCUAAAUGCUAUAACAUCUAAUCAAAGGGAUAUGCAAAGUGUAUUUGAUAAGCACUUUAAUAGCCUUAAAAGUGAGGCAAAAGCUUUGUUUGAUAUUAAUGUGAAGAGGAUUCAAUCUCGCCUAAGUGACAUUGAGCUACAACAGGGUGUCAAUGAUUGUACAUUUCAUCAUCUGAACUUGCUUCAAGAAGAUCAUGUUGAGUUGAUAAGCUUAAGUGCUGAUAUCCAACAAAGACUUCAAGAUUGGAGUACAAUGCCUUCAGUUCUGGCCUCUAAACAUUUUGACAAAUCUUUACAAACACAUGCAUACAAACCUGGCUACUUGGAUGUAUCUGAACUAGGACACAUUUCUUCUUCAAAAAGUAUUCACGGAUCUGCACACUUGGUAGAUAAGACAUGUGAUCGCAGUGCUAUUCAAGAUUUAUGUGUCGGUGAGAAUCAACACAUAUUAGUUGUAGAAUCUCCAACCAAGGAACAAUGUACGAUUGUAACUUAUGCAAAGAAUUCAAACAAAUUGAUUAAAAAGUCAACAAAAAGAUUACUUUCUUGUGGAGCAUGUUCUACUAAAGAUAAGUGUUAUGCUGUAUGUGAUCUAGCAAACGAUUGUAUAGCUAUUUACAGUUAUGAUUUGGUACACCAAAAAAACAUUGGGAGAUUUGAACGUCUAACGCAUGUUUGUAUGAAUUCGGCUGGAGAUCUAAUGGUCAUGGACAAAGGAGGCAAAUGUGUGUACAUUGUUGACUACAGUGAUGGAUCCAUUCUGGCUACAAUAAGUAUUGAUAUAUCAUGCCAUUCUUCUAAUAGUCUCACAACUACCAACAGAUAUGCAGUCAUUGCUUCAGAUUGGUGGAAUAACUGUGUAAAAAUGUUCAACAGGAAGGGUGAGCUUGUCCUGAGCUAUGGUACAAAGGGAAGUGGUGAUAAUCAACUUAACUGCCCAAGUGGGGUCUGUACAGACUCACUGGAUAAUAUCAUCAUAGCUGACAGUCGCAAUCACAGAAUUCACAUGUUGGAUCCCACAGGGAAGUUUAUCAAGUACCUCCUGACUCCUGAGAACAAUGUUAAGUACCCAUAUGCAGUUGCCAUUGAUCACAAUGGUGACCUAUUGGUUGGUACUGAAAAUGGUGACCUCCACUUCAUAAAAUAUAGGGAGAAUCAAAAAUAACAAUGAUAUUACAUAUAAGAACCCAUAUGUACUUGCCACUGAUCAUAAUGGUGACCUAUUGGUUGGUACUGAAAGUGGUGACCUCCACUUCAUAAAAUAUAGGGAGAAUCAAAAAUAACAAUGAUAUUACAUAUAAGAACCCAUAUGUACUUGCCAUUGAUCAUAAUGGUGACCUAUUGGUUGGUACUGGAAGUGGUGACCUCCACUUUAUAAAAUACAGGGAGAAUCAAAAAUAUCAAUGAUAUUACAUGUAUACUAUACAAUAUACAGUAUAUAUUAUAGUAUAGUAUAGAGUGUACUGUAAAUGAACAGAUAAACAUAAAAUAUGUCGUUAUAUUUUCUAUCUGAAACUGAUUCGAAUUAAUCAGAACAAAAUGUCAAAAUGUUUUGCAUAUCUAUAUCAAAAUAAAAAUCUCUUUUUUGAUCCAAGAAUGAAAAACAAACAGUCAUAUUGACCCAGAAAACAGACAAGAGUUCGAUUUAGUUUUAUUUCAGAACCAUGCUUCAAUAAUUGUACAUGCAACAUUUGAAAUGUACACAUAGAAUAAUAAUCUACCCUUUACAAAAGUUUGAUUUUGACCCUAAAAGGUCUACUCUCCUUGAAUAUGAAAUAAUUUGCUACCCAGCCUUUCAGAAUAUAUAGUACAAAAAUCCCGCAAAAUCUGACUUGAUUUGAAAAACAAAACAGUGUCAUCUGCUUGUACAUAGGUAACAUAUUCAUAUUUCACCUCCAAUUUAAUAAAGCCCAUUAUGAAACACAACCUUUUCAAAUCAAAGUCCCUGAAUUUUUCCUGAUUGAAAUAUGAGAAUCCCUAACCAAAUGCAUUUAAUUGUUAUUAUCAUUGAAAAAAAUAAAAAAAAUAAAAACAGAUAAAUUACAUGAUCCCUUAUUGCAUUUAUGUACCCCAUCAUUUUGGUAUUUUCUUUUUUUCUCAUUUCAUGUGUAUUUCAAUUUGUGGUUCAUCUUUCACUAACUUGAUUAAAAUUCUCGGAAUUCUAAAAUUCCCACACAAAGGACGAUUCUCGGUUUGGAGAACAGUCUCCUGGGCUAAUAAUUUUUUUCAUAAAAAAUAUAGAAAUAUUACCCAAAUUAAAUUAUGAAUAUUCAAAAGAAGACAUUUAAAUCUACAAGAUGUAAAAAUAACAACUUGGUCUGAAGCAGGGAUAAUGCUCAAUUAGACCGAUUCAAUAAAAUACAAGUCUCGAUUUGAGGAAAGAAGUUCAUCAGUGUGCUGCGCUAAUAUUUUUUUGCAAAAAUCUAGAAAUAUUACCCAAAUUAAAUUAUGACUAUUCAAAAGAAGACA